UAGAGCCAAACGACAGAGGGCCGGGAGGUAGACCUCCUUCUCGGGAGAUUAGAAUAGCGUUUGCCCUCAAUGCUACCUUUGAUCUUUCGGGUUUGGUUAUUUUGUUGAUACUGGAAUCUGGCUGCACCGAUGUGCAGGCCUAGUGAGAAAGCUUCCAUUACAAACCAUUUGGUUGAGGCCAAGAGGCUCCUCACCCCCCGACCCGCCUUCCCUCAACCCAGGCGAAACAUCAGGCAAACCCCAUCAAUAGACUUUCAUUACCGGGACUGUCGCAAAGCAUGGGAGUAGG